AUGGCCGCUGGGAGCUGUUUGGCGAUUAUUUUGUUAUUAUCGGGGGCAGUGGAAAUGGUGAAAAGAGAAGAUUUCAAAACUUGCGAUCAAUCAAGUUUUUGCAAAAGACAUCGAAAUGUGAAAGAAACGGGAUACGAAUUGCUUUCCAACACAAUUUCUAGUCACGGCGCCGAAUAUACUGCCAAUUUGCAAAACUCGGAAAACACUUUGAAAUUGACAAUCACCGGAUUGGCUGAUUCAACAAUCCGUGUUCAAAUUGAUGAAACAGCAGCAGCCAUCAGAAAACGAUAUAUUCCCAACUCCAUCAUUUGCACAAACUCCUGAACCACUCGCAUUCAAAUCAUUUGACAAUUCGGGUUCCGAAUCUACUAUUAUUGCUGGAGAUGGAAAAAUCAAAGUUGUUGUCAGUUUCAAACCAUUCGUUGUCAAUGUUUUCAAUGAAUUUGGUGAACUUGUCAGUCAAGUGAAUCGCGAUGGAAAAUUGAAAAUCGAAGAGUUCAGAACGAAAGAAGAAGGAAAAGAAUAUCCAGAAGGAUUUUGGGAGGAACAUUUCAAAUCUUUCAAGGAUAGCAAACCAUAUGGUUCAAGCAGUGUCGGAGUGAGUUCUUCAAAAAUAAAAAGGUUUCUCGAUAUUUAUAAACAAUUCUUUUAGGUUGAUAUCUCCUUCGUGAACUUCAAAACCGCUUACGGACUUCCUGAACACGCUGAUUCAUUAGCUCUCCGAACAACUGUUGGAAACACAGAUCCAUAUAGAUUGUAUAAUUUGGAUGUUUUUGAAUACGAACUCAAUAAUCCAAUGGCUCUUUAUGUUGCUGUUCCAUAUAUUUUGGCUCACAGAGCUAAUCGAUCUGUUGGAGCUUUAUGGUAAUUAAUUUUGUCUCUGAAAAUAUUGUACUCAAAUCAGUAAAAAUUUUCUUCAGGUUCAACGCUGCUGAAACUUGGGUAGAUACACAAUCCUCUGUGACUUCUCGUGGUCUUUUUCGGAAAAGUUUACGAUUCCGUAACUGGAGGAUCAGACAAUGUUCCACAUUUUGAUGCACAUUUCAUAUCUGAAAGUGGACUUGUUGAUAUUUUCUUGUUCGUCGGACCAUCAGUUCGUGAUGUUCAACGUCAAAAUUCAAAAAUCUCUGGAGUCACACCACUUCCACCUUUAUUUUCAAUUGGAUAUCAUCAAUGUAGAUGGAAUUAUAAUGAUGAACAAGAUGUUCAACAGGUUAGCUUUUGAAAUAUAUCAUUAGUAAUAUAUAAUUCAAUCAAAAUUUUAAUUUCAGGUCAAUCAAGGAUUUGAUGAUCACGAUAUGCCAAUGGAUGUUAUCUGGUUAGAUAUUGAACAUACUGAUGGAAAGAAAUAUUUCACUUGGGAUCAACAUAAAUUUGCUCAUCCAAUUGAAAUGCUCGAUAAAGUUGCUGCUAAAGGCCGAAAAAUGGUGACAAUUAUCGAUCCACAUAUUAAAAAAGAUGAUGGUUAUUAUGUAUAUAAAGAUGCUAAAGACAAAGGUCUUUUUGUGAAAAGAGCUGAUGGAACAACUGAUUUUGAAGGACAUUGUUGGCCAGGAGCCAGUGAAUAUUUAGAUUUUUGGCAUCCAGAAACUCGAAGUUAUUGGAAAGAUCAAUUCACUUUUGAAAGAUAUGUUGGAUCAACAAAAGAUCUUUUCACAUGGAAUGAUAUGAAUGAACCAUCAGUUUUCUCAGGACCAGAAAUUACCAUGGAUAAAGAUGCGAUUCAUUAUGGUGGAAUUGAACAUCGUGAAGUUCACAAUAUGUAUGGAAUGAUGUAUCAUUCAGCAACUUUUGAUGGUCUUUUGGCUCGAACAAAUGGACAAGAUCGACCAUUCAUUCUGUCUCGAUCUGGAUUUAUCGGAACUCAAAGAACAGCAGCUAUCUGGACUGGUGAUAAUACAGCUGAAUGGGGACAUUUAGAAAUCGCUGCCCCAAUGGUUCUUUCCCUCUCAAUUGCUGGAAUCCCAUUUGUUGGUGCUGAUGUUGGUGGAUUUUUCGGAAAUCCAGAUGAGCAAUUGUUAACAAGAUGGUAUCAAGCUGGAGCCUAUCAACCAUUCUUCAGAGGACAUGCACAUAUUGACACAAAACGAAGAGAACCAUGGUUACUUUCAGAGCAAUCUAAAAAUAUUGUUAGAGAAGCUUUGAGAUCAAGAUAUGCUUUAUUACCAUUUUGGUAUACUUUGUUCCAGGUAUGUUGAAAUUCAGAAAAAAAAGUACGUAAAACUUGAAAUUUUCAGGAGCAUACAUCAAAUGGACUUCCACCAAUGCGUCCACUUUUCUACGAAUUUCCAAAUGAUGAUUCAAUUCUUGAAGAGCAAAAACAAUGGAUGGUUGGAUCUGAUCUUCUUGUUCGAGCUGUUGUUGAAAAAGACACCUACAAUGUUCAAGUAAAUCUGCCAACUUCAGAAAGAUGGUAUGAUUGGGUUGUUGGAAAUGAAGUGAAAUCUGGAUAUUUUGAUGCGCCAAUCGAUAAAAUCCCAGUUUUCCAAAGAGGUGGAAGUAUAAUUCCAACAUGGCAAAGAAUUCGUCGAGCUGCUCCACUUAUGAAAGAUGAUCCACUCACAUUAUUUGUUGCUUUGAAUUCAGAUGGAAAUGCGAAAGGACAAGUAUAUUUGGAUGAUGGAAAAACGCAUGAUUAUCAAAAGGAACUCUAUGUUCGCGCUAGUUUUGUUUACAAGAAUGAGGGUAAACGGGCAACGAUUUUGGGUGAACAUAUUGGUGGAAAAUUGGAAGCGAAAAAUUGGAUUGAGAGAAUUGUUGUGAGAGGAGUUGCUGAAUCACCGAAAAAAGUUGAAGUGAGCAUUUUUGGGGAGUUUCGGGAAUUGUUUUCUUUGAAAAAUCUGGAUCAAUUUCUUCAGAAUAAAUUUCUAUUUAUCAAAAAAAAAAACACAUUUCUCAGUCCAAGCCUUUUGAAUUUUUAAAUUCAACCAUUUUUCGAUCGAAAACUCUAAAUUUAACAAUUGUAAGAAACUUUCACAAUAUUUUUUAAAAAAAUUUCAAAAGUAUUGUAUUUUUUUCUCAAACGUGACCUGACAUGAGAUGCAUUUCAAAAGUUAAAAAAUAAUUAUAAAAUGUGCAUUUUCAAAUUUAAAUUCAUAAAUGUGACUCAUUUUUUUUAUAAGUCUCGAUUAUCAUUUCCAAUAUCAAAAAUUUGUAAUUUUUCGCUCAAAAACUUGGUAUUUCGAGAAUGGAAUGAAAAAAAAGAAAAAUUUAAAAUUUCAUGUUUUUCAAAAAAAUUUGAAACCUCACACCCCUUAAAACCUCAUAAUUUUCUCAGAUCACCCGUGUUUCGGAUCCAGUCCAACCAUUGGAAUUCUCAUAUGAUCGCGAUUCUCGAGUUCUCAUAAUUCGAAAACCCGAAGCUCUUAUCACAACUAACUAUCAAAUUCACAUCGACUUCUAG